UUCAUUUUCGCUAUUUCAUUUCCGGUUUGUUAAAACGUAAAUAUCCGUCACAUGCAGAUGACAUACGGAUGGUAGUUUAAGAAGAAACAUUACAAAAUGGGUGUCGCAGAGAGUAAAGAUAAUGAUGACCACGUUGAAGGAAGCUUGUUUUCAGCGGAAGAACAAAUUGUUAUCAAACAUUUGCACGGGAAAAUAUCAGCUACUGAAGAUUCGUUCAAGAACCACUUAAAACUACUGAAUGACAAAUUGGCAGGAAACUUAGUGAACUAUUUAUCCAGCCUUAAACCUCGUCCCCAAAAAGGUGUUUUAUUUACAUAUCGCCAAUUUCAUACACUGCUCAGUCAAAUAUUCAGAGGAAAUUCCACAGACCAAUCAAUUGCUAUAAGGGGAUUGUGUUCACAAAACAAGGAGAUUUCAUCUGAAGAUCUGUUUCAGGCUGUAUUACAGUUGGUGACAGCUUAUAGAGAGGUGACUCGAAAUCUACCAGCAUGGUCAAAGUGGACUUUGGAUCAAGAAACUGAGCAGCACAGAAAAGAAUUUACUUUUGGAAUAUUACAAGAGCUGUUCGAUAAAGGUUCAAGUAAGAAGGGCCCAGUACCAAAAGCCAAGGUUCCAGAGGGUGUCAGCUAUACAGAGUCUGAUGUGGAGGAUCUGUUACACAAAUCUCCACUUUUCAUACAUGUCUGUGAUACUGUGUUCACGAAGUUAUUUCCUAUCAGUACAGAUGAGACUUUACGAAUGGAAAAGCUGUGUUCAAGUUUGCCAGUUCCCGUAACCAUGGUACCUCAUCAAACUAUACUCGAUCCUUACGCCAUGAUGUUUUUAAACUUUAACCUUCCGAAAGAUCUGCAGACAGAAUGGCGGCUUGUGUUCAGCAACAGUGUGUUCGGAGACAGUUUUACACAACUCGUGGCUCACAUGCUCAACAAGGGGCCCAGCCUCCUCAUUGUCAAGGACAAGACUGGCCAUGUUUUCGGGGGAUAUGCCACUCAAAAAUGGCAACUCAACUCUAAAUUUUACGGUUCUGCUGACAACUUCCUGUUCACCCUUUCUCCACAAUAUGGAAUUUACACCACAACAACUUACAACUCUAAUUAUAUGUAUCUAAACCAAGGGCAACAAACACUACCCAAUGGGCUGGGCAUGGGUGGUCAAUUUGAUUACUUUGGACUGUGGAUUGACCAGUCCUUCAACUAUGGCCAUAGUAAAGCACAGCCUCGCUGUACUACCUAUGCCAGUCCUCAGUUGUCAGGGGCGACAGAGUUUGAGGUGGUAGCCCUAGAAGUGUGGGAGGUCGGGCCAGAGCCCAAGGCUGACAGUGAUGAUGAGGAUGACAAUGAGAAGAAGAAGAAAAGUGUACUGGACGGUAACGCCGAGGCGAGGGCAAUGCUGGCCCUCAUUGGUAAGGAACGGGUUAGCGAGGGUUACAGGGAUGAGGAGGAUGACCUGGAGAUAUCUGAGGACAUGAAACGAAAGAUGAAUGUGAUACCUUCACUUAUAUAGACAUGUGAAUCCUAACAUCUCUUAUAUAGACAUGUGAAUCCUAACAUCUCUUAUAUAGACAUGUGAAUCCUAACAUCUCUUUACAUGCAUCACACACGGAGGUGUGCAGGGUGAAUGAUUUAGAAAUUGUGACCUUCACCUCAAGGUUAAAGGUCAAAUCAGUGCAUAAAUUUCAGAGUUCUUCUGUGCCACAAUAUGGUGUACAUUGCUUUAUAAUUAAUUGGUCACUUUGACUUCACUGAAAAUUCAAAGGUCAAACAAGGCAUCACAAGUGAUACAAAUCUCCUCGCAUUCACACAUUAUGUGACAAAUGUAUGAGGAAAUGAAUAGAAAAUUCAAUGAUGUAUCAGUAUCUGCUCUAGCGACUGCAUUCUUCAAUGGAUAAGAGAUUUUUAUUGUGCAGUUUGUAUUUUGCUUGCAUGAGAAUAUCUUUGUGUUUUGGAAAUAAAAAGCAAAAACAUAAUGAGAAUAUUCUGUUACAUAUUAGAGAUAAAUAAUUCUGCACAAAUCUGUUGAAGGUAAUGUCAUGGCAAACACUUGUAUCAUGAAGUCGAGCGAUGCAAUUUUUUUUGUAUAAAUAGUAAAAGUGACCUUGACCUUUAACACAGUAACCGGAAACGUAUCCUCGAUAUCCCGGGGUUACGCUCACUUUCAAUCUCUGAAUCCCUGGAUAAAUAUGUCAUAGCAAAAUUGAAGGCUCAGUGUGCGCCACCUU